CGUCAGGAAGGUCCCUUCAGAGGGUAGGAACUAGCUGCUCCGGAUAGGAGGGAAAUAGCUGCUCCCGUAAUGUCAGUGUGGCUGCGGGGCAGUGCUUGUGUAGGGUUUCAUCAACGACAAGGACAGUAAAGUAAGAUUUCCAACAGGUUAGGAAACAUAAGCAACAACAGAAGAUCAUGCGGCUGUACAACUGCCACCCUUUCGGAUCCCAGCGGAUUGUGCCGACUAUGCAGGCGCCGGAUUUGUUCUGCUGUGGCCGAGAUAGUGUAUUUGUCACUUCUGCUGGAGGGUGCAAAGUGGAGGUAUUUACUGUGUGCCAAGACCUUUGUCAACGUUUGUGCAGCUUUAGCACCCUAGGAAAAGUUCUACAUAUGGCCUACAAUGACGUUGGUGACUAUUUGGUAACUAUUGAAGAAAAAAAUAACAUCUCAUCCCUCCGGGCUUAUGUGAACUGGAGAUGUGCUUCCAAUGAAAAUCCCCGUGUGAGUGUGCGAAUGGUUGGAUUCAAAAUGAAAUCUCCACAUAUAGGUUCCUCAAAGGAUCAGAUGGAAAUUAUUGAAAUGCCUCUCUCAGAGCCUCCGCUCUGCAUUGCUUGUUGCCCUUUACAAGGAGACCUUCUUGUAGGAUGCAAGAGCAAAUUAAUCAUCUUUCAUUUAAAGUACAUUUCCAUCCAGGACUCACUAAUUCUUGAUUUUGAUUGUGCGCUCAUACUGCACAUAACUGGGAUUUGCCCUGUUCAGGCUUCAUUUUGUGCUGGAUAUAUUGGUAUUAUGAGUGACCUAGAAGUCUUAGUAAUGAAGGUUGUAUCCACAUUAUCAGAAACCCAGUUAACUACACAUCAGGAUAUGAGUGAAGUGGAAGCAUUUCAGGAAAAAGAUAAUCUCUCCACUUCAGCAUCCCAACUUCCAGAGUCUUGUGACUUUGUCAUAUGCCAAAGACCCAUGGAACUUAUAAGUGAAGAGUGUAAAAUGUGUGGCAUAGGGGUAAGCCCAGAAGAUUGUACUCAAGUAUGCCACUUGCUGUACAGGCGAUUUGCCCCUGACUUUACUGAAGGCAUCCAUGUAGAAAACACAAGGCUGCAUUCUCUGCAACUAUUGCCAAUGUAUAAAACAGGAAUUUCUUUUGCUACAGAUCCCAAAAGUGCAACUCCCCAAAAAGAGGUUCUGGUGAUGUUUUGUUUCUUCUCCAUGCCCCAUACUGGUUUUCUGUACAGUAUUGGGAGCACUGUUAAACUACUCUCUUUAUAUCAGUAUCCAGAGACAUCCCAGCAGGCAGUUCUAACGCCACAGUUCCUACAUGUUAUUACAAGAAAUAAUCUGCAGUGUUUCACAGUAAGAUGCAGUGCAGCAGCAGUAAGGGAGGAAGACCCCUACAUAGAUACAACUAUGAAGUCUUGCCCACCAGUGUCAAUGGAUGUUUGCACUUUAAGGAUGCAGCUUUUUAUAGGACUCAAAGCUAUAGCUCACUUUAAAAACUAUUUAAUCAUCCUGACGAAAACAAAUAUGGAAGCCACAGAGGAAAGGAGGGUAUCUACUUCCCAAAGGCAAAGAUCUAAAAAGCCUGUUAAAAAUAAGACCGCUCAAGAUGCAGAACCUAACUGGAAUUUGUAUGUUGUGAGCACCACUCCAACGGUUCAACUCUACAAGGAAAUGGUAGAGUACAGCAAAAGAUAUGAGACUGCGAAAACCCAAGGCAGCAUUCAUCUUCUAAAUGAAGCGCAUUUACUAGUGAGAGCAGCUCUAAUGGACCCAAACCUGGAGGAAUCACUAGCAAAAACUGAGCUAGUAGCUGCAUUCAAGGAAAGCUGUGCCCACUUAGGUGACUGGUUCAGCAGGUUGGGCACAAAGCAUUCUCACCUUGCUCUUCCAUACUACAAGAUGUCUUGCUUAUCCAUAUCUGACAUCAUAAAUAGAGUUGUAGGCAUGGAAAUGCUUCCUGGCUAUGGCAGAGGAUUUCUUUUUUACCUCAAGCAUGUUCUGUUUGAAGAGCAGGAUGAACAGCUGAGUGAGGCAGUCGCUGUAAAAGUAAUAGAAAUAUUUAAUGCCGUGGACAAAGCCCAACUGCCCCAUGUUUUGUGUAGUCCUUGUCUUGCACAUGUGUGUCCCACAAAGGCAAUGGUCUACUUGCAGAACUUGCAACCUUCAGCCUUAGUGUCACUGAUAAAGGCAAACAUGGCACGGAGAAUGAAUGAUCUGGACACCUGCAAAAACGAGAUCCAGCAUCAUUCAGAGAUGAUGUUACUGUGUGCCUUUAUGGAUGAGCCAAGGCUGCUGAUGAAUCACAAAGGCAAAGAGGUCAUACCAACAGCUUUGGCUUUCUACUUUAAAGACACUGUUCCUGGCUUACUUGUGGCUUCUUUAGUGGCUUUGCAUGAAAACAACAAAAUUAGCCUAACAGAAGCAGAGUUAUUCUUCCAGGCACUUUGUGAGAAGAUGGAUGAUGAAGAUAACGUUCCUCAGAUGCUUGUUGAUUUUUGGGAAGCACGUCUUUCUGCCUACCCCCCUGAAUCUGUAUUACAGGAUAUUCUGUUCAAACUGACCUCAUAUUACGUAUGGAGAAUCUGCAGGCCCCACCAUUUAUGUGUCAAGCCUCUGAGGAGCCCUGAAGAUUUGAGAAAUUCCUGCAGUCAUUUUGGAUUAAUCAGCCCUUGGAUCUCAAAGAUGGUGUCUAAGGAAUCUGCACUUUGCAAUCAUUGUGGAGAAUUCCUAAAAUUACAGUCCCUUCUCAGCGGUCCAUCCAUGGAUGUUAAAUUAUUCCUGCCAUUUCUAAAGCUUAUACCAGAAGACAGCAACUCCUCUCUCAGUAUUCAUAUUCUGUGUGCAACACGCCUGAUGCAGUAUGAGAAGUCAAUAGAUAAGCUUCUGGAUUGCUGCCCUGAAGCUAUAAUCGCAUAUGCAAAGCAUGAAGUAAAAGAAGGAAGUCAGACCAUUUGGUGGAAUAAGCUGCUUCCUGAACUCUGCAAUCGAAUCCGAUCCAGCCAAAGCAAUAAUGAAGUCUUCAUCUCGUCCUUAAAAGACACCCUGGAGAUAAUGGCUAUGGAGCUUGAUACCAAAGACUUUCUUAAUGCACUUCCCGACGAUGGAACAGCAGCGUUUUUCCUGCCUUAUCUUCUAAACCAAAGCAAAAAGAAGCUGACCUUUUAAAUGUUUUAUUUUAUUUGUUUAUUUGUAUUUAUUUUAGAAAGCACCUGUUUUAUAACCUUAAUAUAUUAUUACUAUGCACAUUACUAAAACCAUGAUUCUGUAUGAGGCAAAUCAGCUGAGGAGGCAGAGGUAUAAAGUAAAUAUUACAACUUC